AAGGCGCUGUACUGUUUCGUUUCAGAUGUUCGUCUUGUCGAUGGUAUCACGCUAGGAGAGGGUAGAGUUGAGGUACUCUACAAUGGAGAAUGGGGAACUGUCUGCGAUGACGGGUGGGACUUGACUGAUGCCAACGUAGUAUGUGAGUCCCUUGGACUUGGUGCUGCAACAGAUGCUUUCCAGACUACUUUCUUUGGUCAAGGCAGUGGAUCUAUCGUAUUGGAUGACGUCUCUUGCUCCGGUGACGAAACGAGUAUAUUUGGCUGUGGGAAUGCGGGUCUUGGAAUCCACGACUGUGGUCAUUCAGAAGAUGCAGGUGUACGAUGUGAAAACGGAGUACGACUGGUUGCUGGAAGCGAUGCAAACGAAGGCAGAGUUGAAGUUUAUUACGGUGGAGCCUGGGGGACUGUAUGUGAUGACUUCUGGGAUGACACCGAUGCUGGAGUUGUCUGCCGAAGUCUUGGAUUCGAUUCUGGAAUUGGGGUAGGAAGAGCUCAAUUCGGAAUAGGUUCAGGGGAUAUCAUCCUGGAUGAUGUAUCAUGUACUGGAACAGAAACCAAUCUUGGUGAUUGUUCUAAUGCUGGUCUCGGCGUCAAUAACUGUGGGCACUCUGAAGAUGCCGGAGUACUCUGUUCUCAGACAACAUCAGCAGGUAGAAUGUUUGUCUUAACCUCUCAUAUAUUUGUAAAAAUAUCCAAUCUAAUCAGCAGUUUAAGGCUCUUCACAAUUGUGCUCCACAACGUAGAAUACUGACCACUUGAACAACAGGUUAAUAAAACUAUG